AACAAAGUAUAUGUGUUUGAUAUGGAGUCAAUAUUUCUGUAAUAAAUUAUAAACUUACAUUUAAUCAACAUGUACUUACCACAUAUUAAAUAUAUAUGAUUAACCUAAACAUGUAACCCAAAAAUAUUGGAAACUAAUUUACUAACGAAUUUAAUUCACUUCGCCGAAACAGUCUUCCUGUUCACUUGAUUUUUCCAAGGUACUAACAUGGUUAUACCAGCUAUUGGCAUAGAUCUCGGUACAACAUUCUCCUGUGUAGGAGUAUUUCAAAAUGGUAAGGUAGAAAUUAUUGCAAAUGAACAAGGAAACAGAGUUACCCCUUCAUAUGUCGCCUUUACUGAAACUGAGAGGUUUAUUGGUGAUGCAGCUAAAAACCAGAUAGCUAUGAAUCCUAAGAACACAGUAUUCGACGCGAAACGUCUCAUCGGACGUAGGUUUGAUGAUGUAAAAGUACAACAAGACCUUAAACAUUGGCCAUUUGAAGUAAUCUCUGAUGGCGGAAAGCCUAAGAUUGUUAUCGAAUACAAAGGACAGAAGAAAAAGUUUUCUCCAGAGGAAAUAUCUUCUAUGGUUUUGACAAAAAUGAAAGAAACAGCAGAGACUUACCUAGGAGGUACAGUACAAAAUGCCGUCGUAACUGUCCCUGCUUACUUUAAUGACUCUCAACGACAAGCUACGAAAGAUGCUGGGACGAUUGCUGCUAUAAAUGUACUAAGAAUAAUUAAUGAACCAACGGCAGCCGCAUUAGCAUAUGGUCUAGAUAAAAAUCUAAGUGGAGAAAAAAAUGUACUUAUAUUUGACCUUGGCGGAGGAACAUUUGAUGUUUCAAUACUGCAAAUAUCUGAAGGCUCCCUUUUUGAAGUUCAAUCGACAGCGGGGGAUACUCAUUUAGGCGGCGAAGAUUUUGAUAACAGAAUGGUUGAUCAUUUUAGUACAGAGUUUGAUAAAAAAUUUAAGAAGAAUUUAAAGGAAAAUCCAAAAGCCUUAAGGCGAUUAAGAACAGCAUGCGAAAGAGCGAAAAGAACACUAUCAUCCAGCACGGAAGCCAGUCUAGAAGUCGAUGCAUUGCAUGAUGGAAUAGAUUUUUAUUCUAAAUUAAGUAGAGCUCGCUUUGAAGAGCUUUGUUCAGAUUUAUUUAAACAAACGUUGGUACCAGUUGAGCGUGCUUUAAAAGACGCAAAUCUUCAUACAAGAGAAAUACAUGACGUCGUUAUGGUUGGAGGUUCAACACGAAUACCAAAGAUACAAAGGCUUCUACAAGAUUUUUUCGGAGGCAAAACUUUAAAUCUAUCAAUUAAUCCCGAUGAGGCUGUGGCAUAUGGUGCAGCGGUUCAAGCAGCAAUUCUGACCGGUUCAAAAGACGAACGGCUACAAGACGUUUUACUGGUAGAUGUAUCACCAUUGUCCUUAGGUAUAGAAACAGCUGGAGGAAUAAUGACUAAACUGGUUGAAAGGAAUACCAGAAUCCCUAUUGCACAGAAAAAGGUUUUUUCAACUUACGCUGAUAACCAACCGGCCGUAACAAUACAGGUAUAUGAAGGUGAACGUGUAAUGACUCGAGAUAACAACCUACUUGGAACAUUCAAUCUCGCUGGAAUACCUCCAGCACCAAGAGGAGUUCCGCAAAUAGAAGUAACAUUUGAUAUUGAUGCUAAUGGAAUCCUGAAUGUUAGCGCAGAAGAUAAGAGUACUGGAAGAUCGGAGCGCAUCACUAUUUCUAACGAUAAAGGGCGUUUGAACAAAGUUGAGAUAGAUAAAAUGCUUCAUGAUGCUGAACGGUUUAAAGCUGACGAUGAUGUUAUAAGGGAACGUGUUGAAAUCCGUAAUCAGUUAGAGAGUUACUUAUUUGGUUGUAAAGCGGCAGUAGAAAAUGCCGGAAAUCGUCUUACGGAAAGCGAAAAGAACGAAGUAAUUACAGAAUGUACAAAUCAACUUAAAUGGAUGGACUCACAUCCGGAUGCCUCAACGUCAGAACUGCAAGAGCAGUUGAAGGCGGCGCAAACCGUUUGCCAAUCAGCUAUGAUGAAACUUCACAAUAUCGAUGGUGGACCAAGCUGUGCUCGUUCGGCUCGCUCUAGUGGUCCAAGGGUAGAAGAAUUGGACUAGUUAACAAAGACAAAAGUUUUCGAAGAAAUUUCUUAAUAAUUUCAUCAUAAUUUUCAAUUUAAAAAAUGCUAACAUUUUUUUCAUAGCUAGUUCAUAAGUGGAUUGGAGAUUUAUAGAAGCCUAGAGUGUUUUGGUAUUCAAUAGUUGUUAUUUUAAUUUAGACUUAAAAUUGUCUUAUUUAAUUGAUAUUGAUUAUUGUAAUCAUUCUCUAUGUAUGCGGACAAGAUUAUGUAAACUGGUUUACUUACAAUUGAUAACUUUGCUGCUAUAAGCACAAUAAAAUACUAUUUAUAAUUGUUUUCUUUUCUAAAAAAAGAUAUAAGCCAUAAAAAAUCAUUUAAUCCAAAAAUAUAACAAUAAUAAUGGUAAU